AUGCGUCAUGCGCGUCACAAGGUCAAGCCACCAUUUGGCCACCUGGCCUUGGAUGCCAGAGCGUCAGCUAGGGUCUACGACCUACGUGGUGGUUCAGGUCUAGCUCCUGUUCCACUUUCCCUCGAUCCUUGUUUCGUGCGCUUCCUUCAUGGCUUCUCUGACCACCAACUUUUGGUAGCCUCACAAUCAGGUUGCAUUCAGACAGUAAAUCAAGCGAACCCUUCUGGUACCGGUGCUUCGGGAUUCACACUCAAAAACUCGUUCGGCCAACUGCUUAUCUCUUAUGAUCGCCUUUCAACAAUGGAUAUAUCACAAAAGUAUUGA